AUGGCCGAUUUAGAAGCCGUAUUAGCCGAUGUAUCCUAUUUAAUGGCAAUGGAAAAAUCAAAGUCAACACCGGCAGCAAGUGCUAGUAAAAAAAUUGUAUUACCAGAUAGAACUGUUCGAAGUGUUACUCACAAACAUUUACAAAAAAUGUAUGAAAAUACAUUUGAUAAAAUAUUCAAUCAACAAGUUGAAGAAGAAGAAGAAGAAGAAGAAGAAGAAGAAGAAGAAGAAGAAGAAGAAGAAGAAGAAGAAGAAGAAGAAGAAGAAGAAAAAAAAAGAAUAUUUCUCUUUCACUCUAAUUUUCCAAUUUAUUUCAAGCAUACACAAUUGGGAGACAUAGAAGUACCAAUGAAAGAAUAUGAAGUAAUCUGA